AUGGCGGCUGCGAUGGCGGCCGGGGCGGGCGGCGCGGCGGUCGGGGCGGCGCGUUCUCUAUCGCGGUUCCGGGGCUGCCUGGCCGGGGCGCUCCUCGGGGAUUGUUUGGGGGCUAUCUACGAGGCGUACGAGAACGUUACCAUGGCGUCACUGCUGAGUCACGUGGGCAGCCUGGAGCCCGAGCCUGGAGCUAAGGGAAGCGCGCGCACAGAGGUCCUGUACUACACAGAUGACACUGCUAUGACCAGAGCCCUGGUGCAGUCCCUGCUGGCCAAGGAGGCCUUCGAUGAGGUGGACAUGGCCAAGAGGUUCGCUCAGGAGUACAAGAAAGAUCCAGAUCGAGGCUAUGGUGCCGCGGUGAUUACUGUGUUCAAAAAGCUGCUGAACCCCAAAUGCAUAGAUGUCUUUGAGCCAGCUCGGGCUCAGUUCAAUGGGAAGGGUUCCUAUGGCAAUGGGGGUGCCAUGAGGGUAGCUGGCAUCUCCUUGGCCUACAGUCAUGCCCAAGAUGUUCAGAAGUUUGCCCGGCUCUCAGCCCAGUUGACCCAUGCCUCCUCGCUGGGCUUCAAUGGUGCCAUCCUGCAGGCUUUGGCCGUGCACCUGGCCCUACAAGGGGAAUCGUCUCAGGAGCAGUUUCUCCAGCAGCUCUUGGACCACAUGGAGGAAGUGGAGAGUGAUGACCGGUCUCUGUCGGAAGCAAGGGAGCUGGGCAUGGGGGACCGUCCAUACUCGAACAAACUGAAGAAGAUCUCGGAGUUCUUGGAGCAGGGCUUCAUGACCAAGGAGGAAGUCUUGUCUGAACUCGGGAAUGGCAUCGCAGCUUUUGAAUCGGUCCCCACCGCCAUCUACUGCUUCCUGCGCUGCAUGGCUCCUGACCCUGCAAUCCCAGCCACCUUCAACGGCCUCCAGCGGACGCUCAUCUACUCCAUCUCCUUGGGGGGGGACACCGACACCAUUGCCACCAUGGCUGGGGCCAUUGCUGGGGCCUACUAUGGGUUGGAGCAGGUUCCAGAGAGCUGGCAGCAGAGCUGUGAGGGUUAUGAAGAGACUGAUGUGCUGGCCCGCAAUCUGCAUCAGCUCUUCAGUAAGGACCUGUGAGCAUUGUUGCCAGCGCACAUUCAGGCAGCAGCCCCUCACCAAAAGCGGCAGACCUCAGGGCCUCCUAUGCUUUUCUGUCCUGCCCCUCCUGCAGCCUGG